UAUGUACCGCUGCUGUCCUCCUUAGUCUCCCUCUCGAGAUUACAAUAUGGGGCUAUAAAAGCCUUAGCUGCGAGCUUCCGAUUUUUAAUUCUGUGUUUCAUUGUACCCCAGUAAUGAUGGCGCAUCCUAUCUGGAAAAAUAUCAGAGACAGCCCCACAACCUCCAUCAUCAGAAUGGAUGAAGUUCAAGCGCUAGUCUUCGGCGAAGACGACAAAUGGUAUCAAGGGACAGAAGCUUUAAACUCUUGCUUCGCUGUCUGGGUGCUUUGUCCGCUUGCCUCAGUGGGCGCACAUAUCCCCCCACACCCAGGUCCGCAUGACAAGGACCCUGCGGCGGGAGACAAGAAUCUAGUUAAAAAGAUGAGGGAGCUUGCCGAGAAAUAUAAUCAAAAGAAGCACGUUUUUGAGGCUGGUACGAAAACUGUUUUGGUGUACGCAAGGAUAGAGGGCAAGAGUCCUCUGCCAGACAAGAAAGCUUUCAUCGAGAAAUGCCUUAAGCAGUUCGGAGUUGAUAUCGCAAUGCAGGCAUACGACAUCAAAUUGAUCGGCGAGCCUCGCGACGAUUGUCACGGCACCGCCUUCGUCUAUGCAACACCUGAAGAGGGAGCUUAUUUCUUUCUUGAAGACAAGUUGUGCCUUAGGAUUUUUCAUAAGUCUACCACGUCGGAAACACAAUCAAAACUAAAGCCGGUUUCAACGAGCACCCCCCAGGAGUCAGCACCAGGAAUACAACGGGAUCUGAUAUACAGCGCGACUCCGACCUCGGCGACGAGCUACGUGUCUAAUCCAAUUUUCCCCCAGGUGUCAGCGCCAGGAACACAACCCGCUCUGAUAUCUAGCGCGACUCCGACCUCAGCGAGCAGCCCCCGGGAGUUAGUGACAGGAUCACAACGGGCUCUGAUGUCCAGCACAACCAAAUCGUCUCAAUCUUUGCCAAACACCGCUCAGAAACCAGCCGCAAGGCCGCCAUUCAAGGACCUCAGAUAUGUGAAAUCUCAACCCAGUUCCAAGGAGAAGGGGGCCCGACUUGUGCAUACGGACAGAGGGCUUUUGAACAUUCAGGCCAGCUUAUGGAAGAGGGAGAAGGAUGAAGUUAGCAAGACCGAAGAAUUCUGGGUGUGCAAGAAGUACAAGUUAUACACCGAUUUAUAAGUGGCGAGAAUCACCUCAGGGAAAACGCAAUCGAGCGUGUAGGAACUCGGUCCAAGCCGUGUGCGGAGGCCUUCAGUGCCAGUAUUGUACUGUACCAAGAUCUCUCUAGACUAGCUUCGGCACGGUCACAGGAUGCAGCACCUUCCCAAGCUCCAGCUCCAGCUCCAGCUCCAGCUCCAAGCAGCGCCUUCCCAAGCUGUACACUCCGCUUCCAGAAGCCCAACCUCCUUCGUGGACGCAGGUUACUAUGGUAGAGCUCAGUCGCUAGCCCCAACGCCAAUAAGC